GAUAAGAAAUCAAAGAUGCAAUCUGCAAAACAGAAGGUGACUAACAUGGCUAGUGCCGCCAAAGAACACAUUGACAUCGGCAAAGCUAAAACCCAAGAAAAGAUGGAAAUGGCAACUGCAAGAACUAAGGAAGAAAGGGAGAUUGCUGAAGAGAGGAGGAAGGUGAAGGAGGCAGAGGCUAAGAUGAGUUUACAUGAAUCAAAGGGUGAACAUGCUGCACAAAAAAUGCAUUCCAAGGAGAAACAUUCUUCUUUUCUUCCCGGAAGUCAAGCUCCGGUCGCCGGAGUUUAUGGGAGUACACAACCGCAGGCGGUUGUGCCGCCGCCGGGUGGUGUUCCGGCAGUUUAUCCUCCUGUUACUAGACAACAGCCGGGGCAUAAGUUCAUAUAG